ACUUCCAUCUUAGCCAUGUGGCUAUGACCACAAACGACUACACGACCGAUCCGCUUGUUUAUGCAUCAUAAUAAUAUUGUGCAUGUUCAGACCGAGAGCAAAAUGUCGCAGUCCGUGUCCAGGUUUCAAGCAGAGGUGGCGGCCGUCAUGGAGGUGUUACUGAAGGUGGCCGUCGUGGAGAUAACGAAAGUUUUCGAAGGACGCGCACUGGAAUCCCAUGGCUGCACGGUCGACAGAGAAGCUCAGAUCACGGAAGAUCUCCCUGACAUCAGGGCUCAUAUGGAAAGUGCAUUGACUAAUCUCUCGAACAAGAUGGUUUGUAGCGUCGGUGUGCAAGUGGGAGAGACACUGCUGUCCGACCAUCAGGAUCUGUGUGUGUCCACUGAGAAAGACAGGAUUUAUCUGCAGGAAUCCCAAGGAGAGGAGGGGCUUUCUCCCUCUGAAAGUCUCUGCAAGGAGUCUCCAGAAGCAGUGGAUUUACAAUGCAUGGUUGACCUUCCAUGCACAAUCUUCAAAGAAACUGGGAUUGGUGUGGGGAGAGGAGACGGCAUAAUUCAUGAAACCCCAUGGACAGAAGACUUACAGAAACCAGAGACAAUUCAGGAAAAUGGUCUUCAAGGACUCGACGCUCUUGAGGAACCUUCUUCACACUCUAUAGUAGAUCCAGAGUCUCAUCCGUUCAGCUCAGUUCUAGAUAACAUUCCCAGCGUUGACCUUUCCACUGACAGUAUAAACCAAUGGGACCUCGGCCUUAUGGAAGUAAGUUCUUCGCUGUCCGUUGAAAAGUCACCAGAGUCUCCUCAAUCCAGCAAAACCCCAGCGGAGGCCACUGAACUCAGCCAGGAAUCAGGUAACAGUGCUGCGAAUGCAAAAAAGGUGCGUUUCCAGCUGAGCCAAACGCCUUUCGAUUGCAAACUGUUACGGCCGUGUUCUGUGCAACUCGUGAACCUCCUGAUGCUGUCAAGUGAGCAAAGGGCGAACGGAUCCAGCAAAAAAUGCUUCUCUACACCCAAAGACCUGCGAGCCCAUCAGCGCGUCCACACGGGACGUCGGCUGUGCUGCUUUAAAGAGUGCGGGAACGGCAUUUGGCGCCUGCAGGGCGUCCUCUCACACGGGCAUGCUCACGUCUGCAAGAUCUGCGGCAAGAAGUUCAAACGCAAGAAGAUCCUAAAGCGCCACGAGCGCUUUCAUACGGGCGAAAAGCCGUAUUCGUGCAGAAAGUGUAAAAAGACAUUCGCCCUGCGGAAAAGCUUGCGAAGGCACGAGCGCUUCCACACGGGAGAGAGACCUCACGUCUGCCCGCACUGCAGGAAAGGCUUCCGUCUCAAAAACAAUCUCAAGGCUCACCUGCGCUUUCACACUGGGGAAAAGCCCUUCGUUUGCAACCUGUGCUCGAAGGGUUUUAGGAUCCUCAAGAACCUCGAGAAACACAGACUCGCUCACUCGGCGCCGGUUAGCUUUCGAACUCUUCAGUAGCGGAGCAAACAUUUUGCGUGACCUAAACCAAACGCCAUAUUUCUACCUCGCAUCAGAACCACUGGAUCCAGCCGGUAAAUAAAGCAGGUUAUGAGAACAUUGAGGUGACUCGUUUUAUGUGUUUCGCCUUGAUAUCAUGUUGUAACCGUUUUUCUCAUGCUGAUUAGGAUCGUUUGUGGACCGUUUUCUUGUUUUUUUGUUUUGUUUUUUUAGUCUUUGCCCUUGACUGCAUCUGUACUAAUCAUAUAUAUAUGCUUUGAAAAACAAGUUUUUUUUUUUUUUUUUUUUUGUCGUUUCAUGCCACUAAAUGUAAAACGUCCAGGGCAUUAGAGGGUUCAAUCAUGCAGUCCAACACAGACUUGACUAAUAAUUGCUUGCUGUAAAUACUAGUGUCAUACUUAUGGGAUGCUUUUAAACUCUUUUAUUUGUAAAACUGUUUUAACAUGCCUGUCUGGACUCAUUCUAGAGGAUUUUUGUGUGGUUGAACACUGGAGAUAUUUGGAUGCUGCAGGAUUCACAGGGCUUUAUAUGUCCUUUUAAUCAUUUUUAAAGCGACAUACUUUAGAGUCUUGUUCACUACUUGUUUAGCACGCUUUGCUCACUUUAAGCU